GGCCACCUGCAGGUGAGCGUGCACGAGGUGCCAGACACUAUUUAAGGACCCGCCUCCCUGUGCUCACAGCUGUCUGCUGCCCAGCCCUGCCCUCCCGCAGCUGCCAGAGGCUCGCGGGUCCGGAACGCAUCCCGGUCGCUGGGGCUGCCGCCGUGGCAUGGGCGCCGCGGGCCCGCUCUGGGUUUUCUUGGCUCUCUUCGCGCCAGGGGUCCUCGGUCAGUGUAAGUUCCUGCCAAGGUAUCAUUUUGCUAAGCCUCAUGUUCAGAGUGAUCAGUCUGAGUUUGCUGUUGGGACAUCUUGGGAAUACAGAUGUCUCCCUGGGUAUACCAAGAAGUCAUUCUUUAUCACCUGCUUAGACACCUCCAAGUGGUCAGAUGCUCAGCAGUUCUGUAAACGUAAAUCAUGUAUGAGUCCUAGAGAACUCCUCCAUGGCUCUGUGCUUAUCCCUGAGGGUAUCGAGUUUGGGUCAACAAUCACAUAUUCUUGUAAUAAAGGAUAUCGACUCAUUGGUGGCUCAUCUGCUACAUGUAUUGUCUUGGACAAUACUGUAAUCUGGGAUCAGGACAUGCCUUUUUGUGAAUCUAUUCCUUGUGAGUCACCCCCAACCAUCUCCAAUGGGGACUUCUAUAGGACCAGUGAAGAUACUUUUUACUAUGGCAUCGUGGUAACUUAUCAUUGCAAUGUUGGACCACGUGGGGAAAAGCUGUUUGACCUCGUGGGUGAGAAGUCAAUAUAUUGCACCAGUCAAGACAAUCAAGUUGGUGUCUGGAGCAGCCCACCCCCUCAAUGUAUUCCUCAAGUCAAAUGCCCAUUUCCAGAAAUUGAAAAUGGAAUUGUGGAAUCCGGAUUUAAGCGUUCAUUUUUCUUAAAUGAUACAGUGAUGUUUAAGUGUAAACCUGGCUUUACCAUGAAAGGCAACAACAUGGUGUGGUGCCAACCAAACAGCAAGUGGAAUCCUCCACUGCCAACAUGCUUGAGGGGGUGUCUACCACCUCCACAUGUCCACCAUGGUAAUUAUAACAAAAGGGAUAAGGAGCUCUUUACAGUUGGACAGGAAGUGUCCUACAGCUGUGACCCUGGCUACACUCUCAUUGGAUCUAACCUUGUGCAGUGUACAUCCUUGGGAACCUGGAGCCAUGCAGCCCCCACAUGUGAAGUGAAAUCAUGUGAUGCCAUUCCAAACCAACUUCUCAAUGGCCGCGUGGUUCCUCCUCCUAACCUCCAGCUUGGGGCAGAGGUUUCCUUUGUUUGUGAUGCAGGGUUUCGAUUAAAUGGCAAAUCUUCUAGUCAGUGUGUCCAAGAAGGAAUGACAGUGAUCUGGAGUAAUAAGUUUCCUGUCUGUGAACGAAUUUCUUGUGACCCUCCUCCUCCUAUAGAAAAUGGUCGGAACAGUGCUUACUCACAACCUAUACGUCUUGGUACCGCAAUAAGGUACACUUGUGGGGCUAAAUUUCGUCUCAUCGGAGAAAAAGUUAUUUUGUGUACAAGUAAAGACCAAGUGAAUGGAGUCUGGGAUAAACCUGUUCCUGUAUGUGAAUAUUUCCAAAAAGAUUCUUCUUGCUCUGAGCCCACCGUACCAGGGGGAUACAGAAAUAGAGAAGCUAGACCGCCAUACAAACAUGGUGAUUCUGUGACAUUUACCUGUAAAGCCAACUUCACCAUGAAAGGAAACAAAACUGUUUGGUGCCAAGCAAAUAAAAAGUGGGGCCCAACGCCACUACCGACCUGUGAGAGUGAUAUCCCUCUGCAGUGUCCAACACUUCCUGAGAUCCACGAUGGACAUCACACAGGGCAAGAUGUGAGCCAGUUUGCCCCAGGAUUUUCUGUGACUUACAGUUGUAAACGUGGCUACUUGCUUAAUGGAGAAAAGAUCAUUAGGUGUCUAUCUUCGGGAGAAUGGAGUGCUGCCCCUCCCACAUGCAAAGAGGCACGGUGUGACACUCCGGCGCAGCUUCUCAAUGGGCAGGUAGAGGUACCUCAAAGUCUUCUGCCUGGAGUGACUGUGAAAUUCUCCUGUAAUGAAGGGUACAGAUUACAAGGCCAACCUUCUAGUCAGUGUGUAAUUGCUGGAAAUAAAGCUAUUUGGACCAAGAAGCCUGUAUGUGAAGAAAUUCUUUGCCCACCACCUUCCCCUAUUCUCAACGGAAGACACACAGGCAGCUCUUCAGGGAAAUUUUCAUAUGGAAGCAGAGUCACUUACACUUGUGACCCAGACCCGGAGAAAGGAGUGAAGUUCAUCCUUAUUGGGGAGAACACUAUCCGUUGUACCAUGGAUAGUCAGAAGUCGGGGACCUGGAGCGGCCCUGCACCACGCUGUGAACUUUCUACUUCCGCGGUUCGUUGUCCACAUCCCCAGAUCCUGAGAGGCCAAAUGUCAUCUGUGCCGAAAGAUCAAUAUUCCUAUAAUGACACUGUGGUAUUUGCCUGUGAGCCCAGCUUCACCUUGAAGGGCAGUGGGAAAAUACGAUGUAAUGCCCAAGGCACGUGGGAGCCAUCAGUGCCCGUCUGCGAAAAGGAAUGCCAGCCCCCUCCUACAAUCCUCAAUGGGCAAAGAGAAGGUAGACGCCUGGUCCGCUUUGACCCUGGGACCUCCAUAAAAUAUAGCUGUAAUCCCGGCUAUGAGCUGGUGGGAGAAGAAUACUUACACUGCACCUCGGAAGGAAAGUGGACACCCACUACCCCUCAGUGCAAAGUGGCAGAGUGUAAACCGAUAGGACGGCAACGCUUUCAAAAACCUCAGCAUCUGUUUAUUAGACCAGCUGUUUACUCUUCUUGCGGUGAAGGGUACCGGUUAAGUGAGAAUGUUUAUCAACUGUGUGAAGGUACAGUUCCUUGGUUUAUGGAGAUUCGUCUUUGUAAAGAAAUCACCUGCCCACCACCCCCUGUUAUCUACAAUGGGAGACACACAGGGAGUUCCUCCGAAGACGUUCCAUAUGGAACUAUGAUCACUUAUACGUGUAACCCGGGGCCGGAGAAAGGAGUCCAAUUCAACCUCAUUGGGGAGCGCACCAUCCGGUGUACAAGCACUGAUGGAGAGAGAGGCACCUGGAGUGGCCCCGCUCCUCUCUGUGAACUUUCCCUCCCUGCGGUCCAGUGCUCAGAAGUCUUCAUUGAAAAUGGAUUCAAGACAUCCAUAAAGCUAGCCCCAUAUUUCUACAAUGACACUGUGACCUUCAAGUGUAAUAAUGGAUAUACUUUGAAGGGUAGUGGUCAGAUUCGUUGCAAAGACAAUGAUAUCUGGGAUCCUGAAAAACCAGUUUGUGAAAAAGAAGCAUGUAAGGAUGUGACAACGCUUCCAGCUGAGGCACGUGUGGAACUAGUGAACAUGGCCUGUCAAGACGGGUACCGAUUGACUGGACAUGCUUAUAAGAAAUGUCAAGAUGCUAAGAAUGGGGUUUGGUUCCAGAAGAUUCCACAAUGUAAAGCUAUUCACUGUCCCCCUCCACCUAAGAUUGACAACGGGAGGCACACGGGCGUGAUGGCAGAGCACUUUCUGUAUGGAAUUGAAGUCUCUUAUGAAUGUGACCAAGGAUUCUAUCUUCUGGGGAAGAAAAUUUUACAGUGCGGAAAUGAUUCUCUAGGACAUGGGUCUUGGAGUGAACCUCCCCCACGGUGCCUACAGUCUCCGCCUGUAACUCACUGCCCUAACCCAGAAAUCAAACAUGGAUACAAGCUCAACGAAACUCGUUCUGCAUAUUCCCACAAUGACCUACUGCAUGUUGCCUGCAAUCCCGGCUUCAUCAUGAAAGGAAGUCACUUGAUAAGGUGUCAUACAGAUAACACCUGGGUACCAGGGUUACCGACUUGUUUCAGAAAAGCUUUCUUAGAGUGUCAGCCUCCACCUACCAUCGCCAAUGGGUCUCAUACUGGUGGAAAUAAAGCUGAGUUUGCCGCUGGAAUGUCAGUCCUGUACAGCUGUGACCAAGGCUACCUGCUGGUGGGAGAAGAGUUCCUUGUCUGCACAUAUGAGGGAACCUGGAGUCACCCUGCCCCUUACUGUAAAGAGGUAAACUGUAACUUCACCGAGAGUAUGAAUGGAAUCCAGAAGGGACUGGAGCCUGGGAAGAUGUAUCAGUAUGGAGCUGUUGUGACUAUGGAGUGUGAAGAUGGUUAUACCCUGGAGGGCAGCCCUCAGAGCCAGUGCCAAGGCGACCACCAGUGGAACCCUCCCCUGGCUGUCUGUACAUCCCGUUCAUUUGCUCCUCUUCUUUCUGGUAUCGUGGCAGGUUCAGUACUUGCUCUCUUCUUGGUUGGUGUCUCCUUAUACAUGAUACUAAAGUACAGAGAACACAAUUAUUAUACAAAUACAAGCCCUAAAGAUGGAGCUCUUCAUUUGGAAGCACGAGAAAUAUACUCUGUUGAUCCGUACAACCCAGCAAGCUAAUCAGAAGACAAACUGAUCCUGUUUUCUGAAGAAGCAUGUCUUUUGGAAUGAUGUCUUCUAAUAGGCGUUAAAGGUUAUAAUUGAAUGAAAACAUUAACGCUCUCAUUAUUUGAACAUCAAGUUGCACCGCUGCCGCCUACACAGGAAGGACCUAUUUCAAUGUGGUUCAUGACUUGGAAUCGCACAGAACAUUCAUUGGAAAGACAUCACCUUAAGAUCAGCAAGUCUCUUUGUGUGGUCUCAACGUCAGUCAAGUGAUUUCAUAAGCUAAUAACUUCCUGUAUGUACUUAUUCCCAAGCAAAUCAAAGAAAAUUUGCUUGACAUUAAAGACAGGAACUGAGGUUCACUGCCAUGAGUAGUGCAAGGAUUUGCCAAAGACUCCCUCUGAUCUGCCUAAAGCCAGGCUGUGGCAACGAACAAGGACAUGGCUUUAGAAGUGUCACCUUCUUACCAAGGCACUGAAAACAGCUGUCUUCGCCUCUAGACCAAUCCUCUUUUUGUAGCCAGCAAACUUUCUGUUGCCAUAUGCUUUGGGUUUAAUGUGGCUUUAAUUACUUAAGCCACAUACAGAGUACCCCCUGUGAUUAUGAUGGGCCUGCCUUUUGGAAAAGACUGGCUUUAUUUUAAUAGUAGCUUCCUUUUCUUAUGUGGUUAAAUAUUUCACUUUUAGUCCCAUUUGUUUUAAGUUUCUCUGGCAAUACUGUAUAAUAUUUUUUGCCUUUUCCAUAAUCACUGAUUUCAAUUUGCACAAGUUUUUUUUAA